AUGAAUUUAUUAAAUGAAAAAACUUUAUAAGCAUUUAAUUCACUCAAAAAUUAAGGCUUAUCAAAUAUCGAUUUAAGAAUUAAAACAAAACCUUUGACACCUACAAAAAAGAUUAUUAGAUUACCUAAACGUCUUUUAAAAUCAAUUACACAAAUUGAAAGUUUGAAAAAAUAAAAGUCAUAUCAUAAAUAAAGAGCAAUUAUUAAGUAAAAUUCAUUUAAACCAGAAAUUGAAGAAGUUAAAAUAGAAUCAUUUAAUGAAAUGCCUAUGAGUAAAAAAAAAGAAAUUAUUGUAACUGAUGGAACAGAAGAAUUAAUAUUGAGAUAACAAGAAAUUUAAAGAUAAACUAAAAAGAAAAAUAUCAAUGAAGAGAUUAAUGAUUUGAAAAAAUUAGAACAACAAUUACUAUUAACAUAUACUGGAAGAUAUGAAAAUUAAGAAGAAGAAGAAGAGUAAAUUGAAACUGUUUUAAAUGAAAGAAGAGAAUAAAUAUAUAGAAAAAUUUAUGAAAAUGUUAAAGCUAUUUAAGGAAUUGAUCAAAAAGCUGAAUUAUAGAAAUAAAGAGAUUAAGAUUUAUUAAAAUAUAUAAAAUAUUAGUAGGAUUCUAACAAAAAUAAAAAACAUAUAUAAGAUAAAUUAUUAGAAGCAUAAAAAUAAAUUGAAUAAUUAUAAAAGAUAUCUAGACCUGGAACUUCAUAAAGAAUGAGUUCAGCUUCAAGUUUAAAUAUGUAAAAUAAUAAUAAUAAUAAUAAUGAAUAAUAAUUUGAUAUAAAAAUAAAUGACUUAUUUAUUAAGAAUCCUUGUAAAUAGAAAUAAGUAUCUCCUUAAAAAGGAUUGUUUUAAUAAAAUUCAACAAGAAAGUUAUCUCAAAAAAUGUCAUUAGUUGGUUCAAAUCAUACUUCUUAAUAAAAUAUUCUUGAAAAUGUUUCAGGAUAAUAACUAUUGAUAUUCAAUUAAACACAUAAAAAAAUAGAUGAAGAAUUAUUACAUAUAUUAUUAACUAGAUGGAAGAAUAUUAAGUAAGAUAAAUAUCAAUAAUUAGUUCAAAUAAGAAAAGAAUAAGACAGAAAAAGGUAUAUAUGAAAUUAGAUGAUGAACAAUUACAAGAAAAGAAAAAACAAAGAAGAUAAUAUUUAUGUUAGAAAUUAUUGUAAUGGCUUUAGAAAAUGAAUAGAUGUAAAAUAUCAUUACAAGAAAUGAGUAGCUUUUAAUUUCCAUCUCAACCAUUUUAAAUAGAUGGAUCUUUUAUAUUUCUUAGAUAUAUAAAAUAUAAUAAUAUGGUAGAAAUAAAAAACUUAAUAAAAUUUAAUAGAAAUUUAUUAUUUGAAUUUAAUCAUUUAGGAUAGACUUGUUUACAUAUAGCUGCUUCUAAAGGAAAUUCAGUUUUAUUAUAAUAUUUAUUAUAAUGUGGAGCAGAUUAUGAAGCAAAGGACUUUAUGAAUAGAAAUCCUUUAUGGUACGCAGUUGAAGCUUAGAGUGAAGAAUCAUUUAAAUUAUUAUUAAAAAUAGGAGCAUCACCAUGGAAUAUUCAAACUUCAAAUGCUUGGUUUGCUGAUAUACUUUAAUAAGCUAAAAAGAUACAUACUUUAAUCUCAAUAUCACCUCAUACAGUAAAAUCAUUAAUUUUAGAACAUGAAUUUGAUAGAAUAUUAUGA